ACCUGUCAAAGUCUUACUUAUCGUCGGAAAUCUGUGUCAACAAAAGCCUAACAAUACCUUUAUACCCAUGUAAACCCUUAUAUUAUGAUGCUACUUAAAAACAUUUAAUAAUGAAAGAUAACCUAUAAUUUGUUUUUCCGCCUUAGUCAAAGUUUUGACUGCAAAAAAGUCUCUGAAACAUUUUAGUCUGCCAUGGAAACAUCAAAAUGGCAGCUCCAGAAGUGAAUGCGUUGUUAAAAAGGGGGAAGAGGACUGUCGCCACUCACUUCAAGUCGGAGUGUUUCAGGAAGAGUGGAAAUAAAAGUCUUCACGAGUUUAUGAACUAUUUGUUUGAUCCCAGAAAUAAGUCUAUUGAUGAUGUUGAUGUUUUAGAUUGGUGCAGAUGGCUGAUAGCUGGUGGAGUAACUUUCGAUGAAUUCUCCAAAAAUGUUAGAAGAUAUGACAAUGCUGUGAUAUGUGGACUAGUGUGGACAGCUAAUUUUGUGGCCUAUAGAUGUAGGACAUGUGGUAUAUCACCAUGUAUGUCAUUAUGUGCAGACUGUUUUCAGGCAGGGAAUCAUGAAGGGCAUGACUUCAACAUGUUCCGAAGCCAAGCUGGUGGUGCCUGUGACUGUGGGGAUGUUAGUGUCAUGAAAAAAGAAGGGUUUUGUACACGACAUGGUCCUGAUAGACAGACACAGAAUUUUACUCCACCACAGGAUUUAUUGGUUGUAGCAGAGAUAAUGAUGCCCAGGAUAAUUUUAAGAUUACUUCAUCAUCUGAGGGACAAUUCUAGUGAAGAGAUGAAAGAUACAUAUCAGUUAGACAUGCAGGAUGCUGACCAGUUCUUAACAUUUCUACACACACUAAGUGAUAUGGGGGCAGCCAUGAGAAAGGUCAUUGGGCAGGCACUUUCCUCGAAUGCCUUGUACAAGGAGUUAACUGAAGUAACCUUACUACCAGAUGGGUCAAAUAGUUAUUUUGUUGACAGCCAGAAAAGAUAUAACACUGCAUUAAAUAACAUGACUACACCAAAGGGAUUUGAUGAAUAUGAAACUAUGCCAGGUCUUUCUCAGGAAAUGAAACAUAAGACAUUACUUGAUGAACUUACAUUCUGGAUGGUGAAGUAUGAAUUCCCACAGAAAAUGGUUACAUUACUUCUUAGUCUGCUACCUGAUGACAAUUAUAAAGAAGCAUUUACCAGAGCAUUUAUCAGACAUUAUAGUAGAAUGACCCUGGUUCUAAUUAAUGGUCUAAACAGACCAGCUAUAUCUAAUAGAGUAGUCCACAUUAGUGUCCAGUUGUUCAGUAAUGAGGUGCUUGCUGUAAAAAUGGUGGAGGAAUAUAACUUGCUAUACAUACUGAUAGUUAGUCUGACAAACAUGUUGGAGAGUAUAUUGACAGAGAGUUCUCUACAAGAUACACAAUCCAAUUUUCACAUGGUUGUUGACUGUGCAAACAUAGCCAUGAAGGAGCAUUGCUACUGGCCAAUCGUUAGUGAUCUCAUUAAUCUGUUUUCUCAUAAAGCAAUUACAAUAAAGUUUUUAUCAGAUACAAGACUGGUCACUAUGUGGUUGGAUCUUUUGAGCUACCUUCAGGGGAUGAACCUGAACAAUAGAGAACUCAGUCAGCAUGUUGAAUUUGAAUCAGAAACAUAUUAUGCAGCUUUCUCCGCUGAGUUAGAAAUGGCAUCCUCACCAAUGUGGUCACUAAUCUCACACUGUAAAUUAAAGGAUUCUCCAGAGUUGACAAAAUCUAUGAUAAAGACAUGUCUGAAUGCACUACAGGAUUGGUACGAUGCUAUCAACUGUAAAGAUUCUAUAAAGCCGAAUCCGUACCAGUUGACAUUCCAUCUGCCCUUACAUAGAUAUCUAGCCUGCUUUAUGGUGCAAGGGAUACAGAUUCAGGGACUCCAUCUCAAAGAUAUACCUUUAACAGAGAAAAUGUUAAAAACCUUAUUGAUACACCCUCUGCAGAUACAGGUUGGAAUUGCUGAAAUAUACAGCCAAAUGUGGGUUAGAAAUGGAUUACAGAUCAAAGGUCAAGCUAUGACCUAUAUACAAUGUCAUUUCUGUUACUCAAUGGUAGAUGCAGACCUAUAUUUAAUGCAGAUUUGUGCUUGUAAACUUGAUCCAGAUUACUUUGUAAGAACAGUUUUAGAAAGGUUCCAUAUAGACAAUUGGUUAUCCUACUCCACCACACCACCUCCUAUGAAUGUGAAGCUUGAAGGAGACCAUGAAACAGCUAUGGUAGAUGCUGUAUUGACCUACUUUAGUACAUUGUUAGGAAUCAGGACAUAUCUAGGAAUUAAAGAAGUCAACUUGACAAGACUAGAAAUGUCUACAUUAUUGUGUAUGGCAGACCGACAGCACAGUCAACUGAUGGAUUUAAUGCCAGAAAAAUCUGGUAUGACUGGUCAUGGCAAGGAAUUGUUUGAACCCACUCUGAAAGAGGUGGCAGAUUAUAAAGCUCCUAAUCUGGAGGCGAGUGGUGGAUUACAGCAAGGGACAUAUAAACCUAAAGGAGAAAUUUGGGAGAAAGAUUUUGACCCAGUCCAUGUGGCAAUAAGAGCUUUAUACAAGAAAGACUUACAGUCAUCUAUGGACAGAUAUACAGAUUAUGUAAAACAGACAGGCAAAUUCAAAGGGAAAGCAUCACCAUGGCCACCAUUCAGAUGUCCAAGGGAAAUAAAUCCUGAAUACAAAGAUCUAUAUAAGAUAUUGCACUGCAAAACUAUGCAUUCAUUCUUGUUUACUGUUAUGCAUAAGGCUUUAAUGUCGACAAGUAUGCCAGACAGUAUUUUAUACCAUGCCGUCCAUCUGAUGGAUUUAUCGUUGUCUUUACCACCGCCAGAUACUAGUCGUAAGAUCAGAAGUUUCAACGGAUUAGUCCAUGAUAAACAAUACAUUGAAUGGUUUUCUGGUAGUAAUAUUCUACAGAAUGCUAAGGAGAUUGUCCGAGAAGUUUUGGUGCCAAUUCCCCUGGAGGAUAAGCAAUUCUCACUUCUAUCUAGUCUAGAAGAAAUGUUUCACUUAGCUCCUAGUUCUUUAUCAAUAUCUGGAGGACCUAUUACAGCAGCACAUUCAGGACAGAUUCCAGCAGUCAAUCCAGUCCCUGUUCCUACAGAAAUAGAGUUUGACAAUGACCCAUUCCCACUGGUUCCAAUUCAUAAGUUACCUGCUCCUACAAGUGCCAAACAUGUCUCUUCAAAGUUUGAAAAUAAAGGUGUAGAAACUGAUAAAGCUCAAUAUACAAAUGUGCCAAUUAAUGAAAGCAUAAUAUCUUUACUGUUUAAACUUCAUGCUAAAUUAUCUGGGAAAGAAGAACAAUAUAUUCCCUUGUCAAGAUCAAAUCGAUCUAUCGGUGACGCUCCUAUUGGGGAUGGACCUUAUUUUAUUGGUCAAGUUCUAGAUAAAUUAUCUCAACAAAGUACCAGUUGUGCCAGAAACAUUGAGGAACUGUACAGUGUGACGAGUCCAAAGAAAGACAACAUGAAACACUCAGAAAGAGAUGAGGAAAGAAGGAGAAAGGCCAAAGAAAGACAAAAGAAACUUAUGGAACAAUUUGCAAACAAACAGAAAGCCUUCAUGGAACAAAAUAAAGAAGCAGAUAUAUCUGAUGAUGACACUAAACCUAGUUCGUCAUCAGAAUCACAGACUGGUUCCUUUACUGCUGGUAUAGAAAAGGAGUAUGAGUGUGUUAUAUGUGGUCACAGUAGUCCCUCUACUGAAGACAAAACCAUUGGUUUGGUAGUGUUGAUGCAAGCAACAAGUGUACUUGGUCAUAGAUUACAGACAGACACACCUAUAGAACUUCCAGUGGAUGGAGGGAAGUUUAAGUUCCAUCCUGUCACAUGUGCUUCUAUGCAUAGGAAAAGAUUGAAGACAUUGUUUGAACAUUUUGAUGAGACUUCCUGUCAGAUGUCCAUCAACAUUGGCUGGGAGGGAGGAGUGUUAGUACAGACAUGUGGCCACUACUUACAUCUAGACUGUCACAGUUCUUAUGUGGCAUCACUGAGGACACAGCAGUUAACACAGAACUUGGCAGUAAACAAAGGGGAAUAUUGGUGUCCAUUAUGUCGGCAGUUAGCCAACUCCGUCAUUCCCAUAAUUCCUGAAGAGAGUCGAUACACACUAGUUAAACCUGUUACAAAGGAUAAAGUACAGAUGGUGAAGGAUAUAGCUGAGAUGAUGGUUACUCGGCCUAUAACACCUAGAUCUUCAGCAGUUACCAAGACCAUGGGUAGUGUAAUGGAAGAUCUCACCAACACAACAUACAGUGUCUUUAAAACUUAUACAAACUCACACACAUCAGAGAGUGUGUUACUGUUUGUGUGUUCUGUAGCCAGGACAAAUCUUGAAGUGGAGUGCCUACAGAGAUGUGGAAACUUAAGUAAACACACUUCAGCUCUAAGGAAACACUCUUUUUUGCCAUUGAUGCAUGUGUUGAGUAUGCACAGUAAGAUACUGACAACCAAGCCAUACACAGAUGUCUGGUCACAUAUCACUGGUAUAGGUCUAACAGAACAAUCAAACAGUGUGUCUGUUUAUCUGAAAGAUGUCCCUCUGUUGCUAAGAGAUCCAACAGCUAUUCUGAUUCAGCUGAUUUUAACACUGCCAUCUACUAUAGAAAAAGAACAUUAUCAGUUGAUUGUGAUGAUGUUAUACAAUGUAAUAUUUAUCCAAGCUCUGGUCUCUACAAGUUGUAAAUUCACAGCUGAGGAAAGAGAGGCAUGGAGAAAGAAAGGCAGGCCUGUUCCCUUUCAGACAUUAGAAGGGAUGUUGAGUCAUGUGAUCACUAGGUUAGAAGUUAGCAGGUUAUAUGAUGAUGUAGAUAUGAUUGACAAAGAUAUUCCAGCUAUUUGUCAAAGUGUAUGGUCACCACAGAGUGUAGACUAUGCUGUACAGGACUAUUGUUUACCAUUCCUGAAGACAGCAUCACUUAUCAGGUUCCAUUUGUUUGAGGAAGAAUUCCCACCACCUAAGGAGGAUGCCACAGAGUUCCAGAUUCUCCUCAGCUACCUUGGAUUAUAUAACGGAUUUGACAGUAGCUCUGCUACAUGUUUAAAUUGGUUAAUAGAGGAACCCAUGACAUUGACACGUCUGUGGUGCUCUGAACUUGUCAACUUUAUCAACGAACAGCCAACAGAUUCUAAAAGUUUAUUGAUGUACACACCUACGUGGCAUCCCCCACAGCUAAUUGUACUACCUCAUCACUAUUACAAGAUAUUCCAGAGUUACAACAGUAGACAAUGUGGUAUGUGUAGCAGUGUACCCAAGGAUCCUGCUCUCUGUCUUGUAUGUGGACAGUACCUCUGUUUUAGACAGUCCUGUUGUCAACAACAGAGUAGUUAUGAGUGUGUACAUCAUUCUGUACAGUGUGGAGCUGGUACUGGAAUGUUUCUACUGAUCAACUCCAGUACUGUAGUAGUGAUCAGAGGUCCAAGAGCCACACUAUGGGGCUCUAUUUACCUAGAUGAUCAUGGUGAGGAGGACAGAGAAUUAAAGAGAGGAAAGCCUUUGUUCCUGAGCCAAGAGAGAUAUAACCUACUUAAACAACAAUGGUUAUCACAUAGUUUUGAUCACUCUUGUAAAAGAUGGAUUUGGCAUUUAGACAGAUUAUGAGUUUGCAUUAUGUUCCAUUCCUGUGAUAAUCUUCUAUGAAAGAAUCUCAUCUUUAUGCUUGCAUUGGGUUUUUUUUUUAUUAUUAAAAUGAAGUAUCACUUAGGGCUGAAAUUACAUAUCUGUUGUGCAAGUAAAUGAAAUUAUAGCCUAUUGUAGGGCUAAACAGAACUUCACUACCGUUACUACUAGGGAUGUCAACACGGUGAAGAUUUACUAAUUGAUUACUCGUUGGAUUUACCGAGCGAUACUUGAGUACUCGCUCGGUAAAACAUUUACAAAAUGGAAACACAAAAUUAUACCAUUUUAUGUAUUGUAGGUCGUUGUCUUAUGAUCAUAAAACCCUUAACAUCAUUUCCUAGGACUAGAUAACAGUCCAAGGAAUUUUAUACCAUAAUUAAUAGCUCAUUUACUACAUGUACUAAUUAUGUAAACGGUAAUAAUCUAAUCAAGUAAUUAAUUAAUAUCUAUAGAAAAAUUAUUACUCAAACAACAGUACUAGUAUUUGGAAACCGCAAAAAAAACACAUGUAAUAAUCAACAAAGGGGUGAUAAUUAUAACUUACUGAUGGCAUUAAUCAUUUUCUGAGGGUCGAUACAGGGUGCAACGAAUUUGUUCUUAUGUAAACAUAUUAUCUUGUCAACUUUUCUGGAACGUAGCGAUUUCUCUAAUUUGUUGGGUAACUAACAGUCCUGCUGAUGAAAAUAUGUGCCCUGACGGUACAGAGGUGGGGGAGUGACUCAGAUUAGCUAAAAGUGUCAGCCUUGAAAAAAUGCUCUUGUUCGUAUAUCCUAAAUAUACCUCUGUUUUGAGGAAUUAAAAUGAGUUAAACGCAAACAUUCGAAUCGUUAACUUUUAUUAAUUUUUAAAAAUAUAUAAUGUCCCGGGAGGUGUUCUCAAUAAAAAUAUUUUUUGUUUAUACUUAAGAAAGCAACAAAAUUCUAACAGGAAACCGAGUAGUCGAGUAUCAUUUUGGUAAUCGAUACUCGGUACUACGUACUCGAAGACUCGUUGACAUCCCUAGUUACUACUGUGCCACAACAGUAUAAAAAAUUUAUUGUCAUUUAUGUAUUUAUAUAAUUUUUCACUGAACAGGACUGUCCUAGGUAGAAAUAAUACAUUGUCUACCAUAGAUGAUUAUAUUUAUCACAUGUUUUUCCAGUGAUAUCCUUGUUUUUGCAUUGCUGAUAUGACACAAACUGAACAUGAUUAUAAAACAAGCUGACAGUAUAGUUUUCAUUGAAAUGACUCAUCAGACCACAUUUGCAAAAUCUAAAAAAGCACUCUCCCUUAAGAAGCUAAGUCCAAUUUACAAGACUUAGUGUAGUGUUCAAACAAAAUUACUUAAAUCUUUUAUUUCUAAGAUUAUGUUGGGUAUUUUGACCUCAUGACUAGAAACAGUGUGGCUUUGUUUGGUUACAGGUAUAAAUGAAAUGGUAAAAAAUUAAUCUAAAAGCAAAAAAAAACCAAACAAACAUUUUUAUCAAACACACACAUUGAAUAAAUGAAUCAGCUUUAUUCCAUUGUAUUAUUAAUUUUUUUUCUUUCAAAUUUCUUAGGCAAAAAUAUGUGAUAAAUUCAUAUCUUUCCAUGAUUUCAUGCCAUGUCCUCCCAUAUUGGACAAGAAUUUUAAUAAUGCCAUGAAACAAUUGGUAAAUAUUAAAAUCUCAUUUUUAAUUUUUUCACUGAUGGAAAGUGUAAUGUAAGAUUUGUGUCUAGAAAUGUUUUUUUUUUAACAGUUUGAAGUUCACAAAAAAUAUUAGGAUUAUAAAAAGAAGAAAAUGUUUGAUUAAAAGUAUUAGCUUUAGCUUCAGAACUAUAUAACAUAUUGAAACACAAAUAUAGAACCUAAGCCAACACUCAGCUGUUUAGACUUAAUUUUCCAUAAAUACAAAUAUUUGUAAAAAUCUUUAUAUUUGAAGAUUUUUGUAAUUGACACCCUUUUUUGCAACAGAAAAAUAUGAUACAGUAGCAGGGGGUAAACAUGUUGCUUUGCACAAUUGCUAUCAUGGACAUUAACAUUUUUGGGUUGUACUUUAAAGGGUGUCAGAAAUUCACAAAAUUAUACCAUGAACUCAAAAAAACUAGUUGCUCACAUCUUGGCAGUGAGAAAAGCAAUGUUUUAAAUUAUGAAAGUAGGUGAGAAAUAGCUGGUUGCUUUAUUUCAUCUAUAAAUUCAAAUCAAUAAAAGUACUCACAAAUAUGACAUAUUUAAAGAAUUUUUGACAGCUGAGGAGAGUUGAUACAAUUUCAUGUUAUAUUGUUCAACUUGUGCUUUUUAUUCUGUUAUCACACGCUAAUCAGUAAGUCGACUUUGGUUGAUUUACUCAAGUUCUUUUGAGUGCUUCCGCUGAAAAUAGUUCUUUGAUUUUCUACAAUCUGUUUAGUUUAUGAUUAACAAUUUUGAUCAUGGUGCAAUACAUGAUGUAAUAACUGUGCAUACCCUGUAGACGGCCUUGUAUAAUUCGCACUGGUACAUUGUCAACACCCCUUUCUUGCCACGAGAAUUCAGGUAAAAAAACUUUUUGUAAUUGUUAGAAAACGUCUAAUGAAACUCCAGUAAUUUUAAAUUGUGUGUGUGAUUGUUUGCGGUAUUUUCAUGGAAAAACCUGUUUUCCAUAUAAAUCAAAUAGAAGUUGAAAAUGCUUGUAAAUGAUUCUACAACACUUCACGAGUUUUAAAAUAAGCCAAAAUCACAAAAAAAAAAAACAAUUAAGAAACUGCUUGAAUUUAAUGGAAAGAAAAAAGUGUAGAAGUCAACCCGAACCAGCUUAUGCAUAACGAUGUAUAAACUACAAAACGUAGUCGGUUAUUCGUUCCUUUUUAUACGACCGCAAAAAAAUUUCGUGGUCGUAUAUUGGUAUGACAAAGGCGGCGUCGUCCGAAGACACAUUAGUUUUCGCACUCUAACUUUAGUUUAAGUGAAUGGAUCUUAAUGAAAUUUUACCAUAAGGUUCAAUACCACAAAAGGAAGGUGGGGAUUGAUUUUGGGGUUUAUGGUACCAACAGUUAAGGAAUUAGGGGCCAAAAAUAAGCAUUUUUGUAACUUCCGGACAUAACUUGUGUGUAAGUCUAUGGAUCUCUCUGACAUUGUAUCACAAGGUUCCAUAUCACAAAGGGAAUGCUGGGAUUGAUUUUGGGGGUAAUUGCCUCCAAAUUUUAGGAAUUAGGGGCAAAAAAGGGGCAAAAAACCAGCAUUUUUCUAGUUUCAUGACAAUAACUUGUGUGUAAGUGUAUGGAUCUUUAUGAAGUUGUACUACAAGGUUCUAUAUCACAAAGGGAAAGCUGGAAUUGAGUUUGGGGGUAAUUGCCCAAAAAUUUUAGGAAAAAGGGGCCAAAAAGGGGCCUAAAAUAAGCAUUUUUCUAGUUUCCAGACAAUAACUUGUGUUCAAGUGUAUGGAUCUCUCUGAAAUUGUACUGCAAGGUACCAUACCACAAAGGGUAGGCUGAGAUUGAUUUUGGGGGUAAUUCCCUCAAAAUUUUAGUAUUUAGGGGCCAUAAAAGGGCAAAAAAACAAGCAUUUUUCUAGUUUCAGGACAAUAACUUGUGUGUAAGUGUAUGGAUCUUUAUGAAAUCGUACUGCAAGGUUCCAUAUCACAAAGGGAAAGCUGGGUUUGAGUUUGGGGGUAAUUGCCCUAAACGUUUAGGAAUUUGGGGCCAAAAAACAAGCAUUUUUCUAGUUUCCAGACAAUAACUUGUGUUCAAGUGUAUUGAUCUCUCUGAAAUUGUACUGCAAGGUACCAUACCACAAAGGGAAGGCUGGGAUUGAGUUUGGGGGUGAUGAAUCAUAAGGGGGUUCAAAAAAUUUGGGGGGGGGAUUUUUUUUUCCUUUUUUUUUCUUUAAAAUUUUCCAUUUUAAAUUGGUUAUUUCUGAUUUAUAUAUAAAAGCAAAUAAUAAUGAUAUGGUUUGAAUAGGUAAAUUAAAAUUUUUUAAGUUCUUAGACCACUUUCAUUCUGUGUCAGAAACCUAUGCUGUGUCAAAUAUUUAAUUACAAUCCAAAUUCAGUGCUGUAUCAAGCUUGAAUGUUGUGUCCAUACUUGCCCCAACUGUUCAGGGUUCGACCUCUGCGGUCGUAUCAAGCUGCGCCCCAGCGGAGCAUUUUAUUGGUGUUUGUGUUGACGUAUGUGUUUUGUUUUAGCUUAAGAUCUUUCAAACAUUAAUGUAAUAGAUAUGCUAAACAUUUUUUUACUUAAGGAUGGAACUGUUUUACUUUCAAAGUCGAAUUCUAGUGAUAUCUAUUAAGUACAGAUUUUCCGAACACUCUCACCAUAGAUAUAAGAAGAUGUGGUAGGAGUGCCAAUGAGACAACUCUCCAUCCAAGUCAAAAUUUAUAAAAGUAAACCAUUAUAGGUCAAAGUAUGGUCUUCAACACGGAGCCUUGGCUCAUACCGAACAGUAAGCUUUAAAGAGCCCCAAAAAUUACUAGUGUAAAACCAUUCAAACGGGAAAACCAACGGUCUAAUCUACAUAAAAAACGAGAAACGAGAAACACUUAUGAACCACAUCAACAAACGACAACUACUGAACAUCAGAUUCCUGACUUAGGACAGGUGCAAACAAAUGCAGCUGGUUUAAACGUUUUAAUGGUUCCAAACCUUCACCCUUUUUCUGAAACAAUAGUGUAACAUCACAACAUAGAAAGAGACACUAUAAAAUAUCAACUGAAAUAGCUUAACUCAAUCAAAGGACAUAUUAACACCAGUGAACAUACACUGAACGAAUAAAUUUGACCUAUGAUACAAUGUAAAUUAUCAUUUACACGUGCUAUUUUCGCAAAUUUCUUGAAAAGAACUAGAAAUUUGUAGUGAAACUUUUAAUUUUGAAAUUAAUCAGUUUAUUGUCUCGCGUUGACGGAGUCAAAAAGCGAGACAUAGGUAUGCUGUUUUCGGUGUCGGCGGCGGUGGCGUCAACAAUGUAUUAGUUUGUGAUUAGGUCUAGUUCAUGGUGAACCACUAGUGGUAGGUCAAUGAUAUUUGGUAUGCAGUUGUAUUAGCAUUGGCACAUCUCAUUACAAUGGAGAUUAUUUGGCCCCGGCCCCUCAGUCAAGGUCUAUUGACUUUGAAACUUUUCAUAGUUUACAUGUAUUAGUUUGUGAUUAGGUCAAUUUAUGGGGAACCACUAGUGGUAGGUCAAUGAUAUUUGGUAUGCUGUUGUAUAAGCAUUGGCAUAUCUCAUUUCCAUGGAGAUUAUUUGGCUCCACCCAAUUAGUCAUAGUCUAUAGACUUUGAAAAUUUUGCUAAGUUAACAUGUAUUAGUUUGUGAUUAGGUCAGUUCAAGGGGAACCAUUAGUGGUAGGCCAAUGUUAAUUGGUGUUCAGUUGUAUAAGCAUUAGCUCAUCUCAUUUCCAUGGAGAAUAUUUGUCCCCGCCCCCUCAGUCAUGGUCUAUUUACUUUGAAACUUUUGCUUAGUUUACAUGUAUUAGUUUGUGAUUAGAUCAGUUUAGAUGAACUGCUAAUGUUAGGUCAAUGAUAUUUGGUAUGCAAAUUUAUUGGCAUUUGCGAGUAUCAUUUCCAUGGAGAUUAUAUAGCCCCACCCCUGAUCAUGGUAAAUUGACUUUGAAACUUUCACAUAUGGUCAAUGGUAUUUGGUAUCCAGUUGUAUUAGCAUUGGCACAUCUCAUUCCAUGGAGAUUGUUUAGCCAUGUACCUUCAGUCAUGGUUCUUCGACCUUGAAUAUUUGCAUAACUUACAUGUUAAAGUAUUGCUAUUUUAAUUUCAACAUUUGCAUUAUCAAAAUUACAAAAAGGCGAGACAUAUCUCUGUGAUAACAGUUUAUAUUUGAUUUGGAAUAAAAAUUACAAAUUAUUAUAUUUAGGUAAACUUAUUAGUUUUGAAAAUGAUAAGAGCGCCCUCUACAAUUUCAAUAACAAAUAUGGAGGAACGUAAACAAACCUUGUGAAAUAGAUUUUUUUCUCUUAUUUCUUGCUUAUUGUACUCUAUAGUCCGCAACCCUGUCUGGCAGGUUCAAUUUCGGAGAAUAAAACCAUGGAUUAUAAAAGAUUGAACAGGGGCGGCUUUUUGGGGCUAAAAAACAUAAAAUAAGUGUGAAGUGCACAUUUUUAACGGUUCCUGACGUGGGGCAUGUAUAUUUUAUAGUUAAAGUGUAAGCUAGGGUUGGACAUUUUUGAUGCCGCAUUCUCCCCAUUAAUUGUCUAUUAUAAAAUGAUUGAAUGGAUCCAAAGCUAUGUACUAAUAUAUGUGAUGUGGGAUUUGUCAGUAAAAAUGGACAUGGAAAAUUCUUGUUUGUUGUAUGGUUAGUUUAGCAUAACCUCACAGAUUUCUUUUUGUAAACAUGUAUGAUGAUAUACAGCUAUUCAAUGAAGUUUAUAAUACGACCGACACGAACAAAGACAAACAAGCAUUUUUUAUCCAAAUGUUUGGUUGAAAUGUUUCACCUAACAAGGGAAGUGAGGGGUCCCAAAUCAACCAAAUCAGUUCGGCAAAACAGACAUUUCGGUCAGAUAUGGGAUUUACAUGCAAACCCCCCAAAAAAUUUACACCUGUUUUUUUAUUCACCAUGUUCAUUUAAUGCUGAAUAAUUCUGUUGGAUUUUUUUUUCUAAUAGCAAAAAAGGGGACACGAGAAUUGUUUUCAAUACAGAUACGGCCAGAAUUUUUGUUUAAGGCAAAAAUCAGGGUCAGAAUUUUUUCUCUAAAAUAUCUCAGACUGCCCUAUCAAAUCAAAUGGUCCGUACCUUAGACUUUAAAUCUAUCUAGAGCUUACUGACUGGGGAUCACUAUUCAGCAAUGUUAUUAAUUGGCUGGGGCGUCUGGGGUUAAACAUAUUUUCGUAGGUAAUUAAUAUUGCUGUGGAACUUUUUUUUUCAUGAGAGUGUAAUAGAGUAUUACUUUCUGUUGAAUGGAAUUGUGAAAUAGAAGUCAAUACGUGGUUCUUGUUCAAUCCUUUGUCACUUUGAAAGAGUCAUGCUUGUCAUCCUCCGCCGUAAGCAAUGUGUUACUGUAAUUUGAAUUUCAAAAUGACUGAGUGACGUUUUUUUUUUACGUGCUGAUCAACUCCAUCGUAGCGAAUCACAUGACUUUGACAUAAUCAAUAAUAUAUUACGAUAAAUACGAGCGAAAAAUAUCUUUAUAAGUAAAGAAUUGUCGCAUAAAAAUAAAAUACACGGCCGGGUAAUGGCAAAGUUCACGAAGUCUAGUCUGAUUAAUCAUUUUAAAAAAAAAAAAUAAAAAAAGUUCAAGCAAAGGGGGGGCGGGGCGUACGCCCUCUACGCCCCCCUUUGGAUCCGCCACUGUUGAAUUCGGUAUCUAUUCAUCAAAAUUUGAUUUUAUACUCUUUUCUCAACAUAUGUUUAAAUUUCAUCAAAUUAUUGGCAUGAAUUGUUCCAGAUCUUAAUGUUUAAUGUUUUACAAAUAGAAUUUCAGACAUAUUUUCCAUAACAAAGCUUUAGAUAAACAAGACGAAAAAAAUUGUGUCACUUUUGAUUUAAUUUUGUUCCUCAAUUUUCAAUCAGUGCACAUUGUAAAUUGUGAGCCUAUUGUUAAUAUUUUGACAUUUUUGUAUAUUUUAUUUUCCAUUUUAAAAUUUUAAUGAUAAUGGGUAAUUUCAUUGAAUGUGUAUACUUCUAAAAAAUCAUUGAUAAAAAACCUUUGGGUAUUGAUACAAAUGAAAUCAUACCCACAAUACCUUAGAUUCUAAACAGAUGAAUUAAUACUUAGUUGGAUUGUUUUUUGUUGAUAUUUUUCUGCUAAUAAUGUUAUGGCUGAAUCAGUCAACUGAUAAAUGUGAUAUAAAAUCAAAUAAAACAUAAAAAUCUC